AACUAAAAAUAGAUAAAAAUGUUAAGUUCAAUUGGGAUAUUCAUUCUGAAGUUGUAACAAAUGAUAUAUUAGUAGUUUGUUGGCAAAAUAAUAGGCCUGUAACAAUAUUGACAACAAUUCAUAGACUUGUUA